AUGCCAGGCGGAUACCCUCAAUCUCGACCCAGCUCACGGCCAGCGGCAUCAAGGGACUCUGAAGAGACCGACACCUCCUACAACCGGUCGUCAUCACAGUCCAACCCCCCAAGAGGGAUCCUCAAGAACUCAUCUCCACGAGACAACCAGGAUCACCUGGCGGCAAGGUUCUACCGGGUCCCGAGACCCGAGCACAUGAAACAGACGUCUCCUCUGCAAUCACCAACGUACUUCUCCGACAGUUCGUACCCCGGCUUCGAGCCCGAGACGGACUCUCAGUCGGGUUGCUCGGAACUUUCCAUGAACACUCAAGCGACAAGUGUCGUAUCAGACACUACGGACGAGAAGCCGACAAGGCCCUCAACCCAGGUCAAACAUGUGCGACAUGUACCCUUGCCUGCCGUCGGUCGCGUCAAGGCGCGACCACGGAACCGGCCCCCUUCGGAGGUGACUAGGAGUCCCUCUCAAGGUGGGAAACGGACGGUCCACAUACAGAUCCUCCCACAGGCCGGGUCGAGCACCCAGGACUUGCAACUUGCAAGGCAGCCGGAACGAAAUCUCCAGCACAAGAUCGAACGCUUGGAGAACGACAACGACGACCUCCGAUAUGCUCAAAGCCAAUUGAGCAGGGAGCUCGACGACACCUCCGAGCAGCUUUCCGCCAAGGUGCUUGAGAAUAAGGAGCUUGGCAGGGCGCUGAGCCAGGAGCGCAAUGCCAAGCAGCUCGUCCUUCGCGACCUCGAGGAGCAGCGGAAGCUCUUCGAUGAGUUCAGGAGCAACUACCAGCUGCAGAAGGGCAUGCUGCAGGAAGCGGAGAAGGACAGGGACAGCUUCCAACAUGUGCGCGAACAGCUUGAGGAGCAACUCGUCAGCCUCGAGAAGGAAAUGGCGCAACGCGAUAUUCAGAAGAAGGAGCAAGAAGAGCUGCUCAGACGCAACAUCGCCAAGCUGGAGGUCGCGGCAGCUUCACUCGAGGAACGCGUUGGCUCGCGAGACCAGCAGGUGAAGGAGCUCACCACAGAGCGAGAGACCCUGCGGAAGGAGUCCGAGAAAUAUCAAGCGCAGAUCAGGACCCUGAAAGAGGGACAGAAGCCUUUCAAGGAGGAACGCAAGGCGUUGGAGGACGAAAAACAGAAGCUCCAAGCUCGCGUUAACGGCCUUGAGAAGGACAGCAAAGCGCUUCAAACCAAGAUCGGCGUCCUCGAGAAAGAGACCGAGACACUGACGGCGGAGAUCGCCGAACUGGAGACGAGCGACGCGCUGGUGGAGGAGCUGGAAGCCGAGAAGGCAAUCGAGGAUCUGGUGCAGCGACUCAAAGCCAAGGUGUCGGACAACAAGGAGCUCCAACAGCGGAUUGAAGAGCUCCGACAGCGGAUCGAAGCUGACAAGACGGCCAAGGAGGAUCUUGAGAGGGAGUUCGAGGGAAUCAGGGCAGAUCUCCGGAAAGAGUUCGUCACGAUCAAGGACAACCUCGAGAAGGAACUUGACGCUACGAAGGCCGUACUUGAACAGCAAACAGAGUCCUUCGAGGCGGAGAGGAAGGAGACACAAUCGAAGAUCGACGGUCUGAACAUAGAGCUCGCCGGGUCCGGAGAUGCCAACAUCUCUCUCGCGUCGCAGUGUCUGGAGCUGACCACCGAGCUGACGACCGUCCGAGCCAACCUCCUCACCGUCCAGACAGAGCUCAGCGAGCUCCAUUCGCACAGCAAGGCCCUCGAGUCCGACAACGAGAAGCUGAAGGUCCAGACUGCUGACCUCACGCAGAAGAGCAAAUACCUCGACAAGCUCCGCGACGACCACAGCGCCCUCGAGGAGAGGGCCAACGGCCUACAGUCCAACGUCGACAAGGCGCAAGACACACAGAAGACCCUCCAGGACAAGCUCACCAUACUCUCGGCCCACGCGAGAGACCUCGAGAAAGGAACCGCCUUCAACAAACUCAACGACGAAAAGACCGCGCUCGAAACCAAGCUGCAAGCCCUACAGACCGAAACCUCCGCCCUAACACAAUCCAAAACCGACCUCGAAGCCCUCACCGCAACCCUCCAAGCCGAAGCCUCCAAGAUCCCCGCGCUCACACAGUCCAAAACCGACCUCGAGACGCAACUCCAAGGCCUCCAGACCGAAGCCGACAAAAUACCAACCCUAACAGCCCAGCUCGCCACCACAACCCAGCAACUCGAACAAGCCCGCACAGCCGCCCAGACCGCCGCCGGUCAAGUGCGCGACCUACAGGCCAUAGUAGGACGUCUACAAGCCGGAGGUGGGAGGUCGGCGUCGCGCAGCACAUCGCGCGCGCCGACGAAGAGCGGGGGCCGGAGCAGGCAGGGCCGCUCGCCGUCGUCGGGGUUGGUGUUCGUGCGGAGUACGACGGAUAAGGGGGGUGUUUAUGUUACCACGCGGGACGCGCUGGCGAAAGGGGAGUAA